UUAUUUUGUUGAACGACAUCGGAAGUGACAUAAUCAGAACGUUAACAUUCGGAAGCUGCUAGGUUCCAAACAACUGGUGCUGCUUAAACUUUCAUAAAUUCAUCCUCCUGACAUCCUGACAUGGCUGUAGACUGGGUUGGGUUCAGCUAUGCUGCUCUGGUGUCAGCAGGAGGAAUCCUAGGUUACGUGAAAGCAGGCAGCGUCGCCUCCCUGGCUGCAGGGCUCUUGUUCGGCCUGCUGGCUGCAGCCGGUGCUUAUCUGGCAUCUCAAAAUUCCAAGAAUGUAUGGCUUUCACUAGGCACCUCGGGAACUCUGACUGUGGUGAUGGGACUGAGAUUUCUCAACUCAUGGAAGUUCAUGCCAGCUGGUUUAAUGACUUUAGCAAGUACAUAAACAGAAAUAGACAUAUGGCUAAAAACAAGGACAACAAAGCUGAACAAGUGGACUAAUGCUGGUAAAAAUCAUCACUGGAAUGCAGAAGAAACCACAUAAAUGAAAAAAUGAAAAUAUCUAAAUAUACCUUUUCUGUAUGUACACAUUUUUGACAUAAAAAAAAUCUAAUUUGUGCUCCCACAUACUCUUCAUUCACAAACAUUCCCUUGAUGUGGUUUUCUAAUACAAUCUGGUUCUGUAUAAAAAAUGUGAUAUAAAUAUAUUUUUUAGAAAGGGUACAAGAAAAUAAAGUACAUUUGUUAGAGUUACAGUUAGGUGAUGUUAGCUUGUAAAUGUAUCUGCUGCUGUAAAACAAUAAAUGUACCCACUUUGAUAAAGAAAUAA